AUGACUGGAUUCAGCCAGAAUGGUGCAAAGUGCUGUCCCUGGCUGCCUGUCUCCAGUCUCUUGCCAGAGUUCUAUGACUUCAUUUUCCCAGCUAACACGAGUGUAUUUGAAAGGAACUGCAGCAAGUUCAUAGUUAAUGUGGCCAGAUCUAUCCUGGCUGUCACAGCAAGGGAAAGAAAAGACAGGGGUCUGCAAGGAGUGGGUGCUCAAGGGGGCCGUUCUUCCCGGAACCGGGAGGCGGAAGCGCCCCUGGAGCUAAAAGUUGGUGUCGCUGAGGCGGCAGGGCCCAUAGGCCUGGGGGGUCGUGGGGCCUCUAAAGUGGAGGUAAAACAUUAAAUCUUUACUAAUUGUAUUAGGCCUUUCUUCUUGCAUUUUAGUCUGAAAACUGGAUUCUUAAAGUGGAAACCAGAUUAUGACAGUGCAGCUACCGAAUAUGGGAAGGCAGCUGUUGCUUUUAAGAAUGCCAAGCAGUUUGACCAGGCAAGGGAAGCCUGUUUACGGGAAGCUGAGGCACACGAAAACAAUAAAGCUCUCUUCCAUGCUGCCAAAGCUUAUGAACAAGCUGGCAUGAUGCUAAAGGAGAUGCAGAGACUCCCUGAGGCAGUUCAGCUGAUUGAGAAAGCCAGUAUGAUGUACCUGGAGAAUGGGACACCAGAUACAGCAGCCAUUGCACUGGAACGGGCUGGAAAGUUAAUAGAAAAUGUGAGCCCAGAGAAAGCUGUGCAGCUCUAUCAGCAAGCAGCGUCGGUGUUUGAAAAUGAGGAACGUUUACGGCAAGCAUUAGAAAUGCUAGGGAAGGCAUCAAGACUUCUAGUCAGAGGACGCAGGUUAGAUGAGGCUGCAUUGUCUCUUCAAAAGGAAAAAAGUAUUUAUAAGGAAAUUGAAAAUUACCCUACAUGCUAUAAGAAAACUAUUGCUCAAGUCUUAGUCCAUCUUCACAGAAAUGAUUAUGUGGCUGCAGAAAGAUGUGUGAGGGAAAGCUAUAGUAUACCAGGAUUUAAUGGAAGUGAAGACUGUGCAGCACUAGAGCGACUUUUAGAAGGGUAUGACCAGCAAGAUCAGGAUCAAGUUUCUGAAGUCUGUAAUUCACCACUCUUCAAAUACAUGGACAAUGAUUAUGCCAAGCUUGGUCUUACCUUGGUGGUGCCAGGAGGUGGAAUCAAGAAGAAAUCACCAAAUGCUGCACAAGACAAAGCAAGAGGACCAGCUGCAGUGGGCUCUCAUGCUGAUGAGGAAGAGGAUGAAUAUUCUGGUGGACUAUGCUAGUUACAGACAUAGAGUCCUAAAUACCUGACUUAUUUGUGAUGUUGAGCAUAUCCAAAGGUACCAGAUUUACCAGAGCUUCAUUGCAAUUGUGAUAUGGGAGUGCUAACACUAACUUGGCAGCUUCUGGGUACAAUGCAGGAGAAAAAGCAUUAUUGUACCUAUCAUCUUGAGACAUCUUUGGACUUCAUUUCUUACCUGGU